CGUCAUCACGACGUAGUGAGGGCAACACUGACGCAAGUGAAGCUAGCCGGCGCCAUAUUGACUGCCGGCAGCCGCCUAGCAGCUGCUGAUUCAACUUUCAAGGAUGUUGCCAAGUUCUCGGAUUCUGACGUGGUCUUGCCCCAAAAGAUCAUUACAGCUGUUAAGAGACUCUCAUCUCUGUGGUUUUUCCGAGAUCACAUGUGCUGGAUGGCAGGAAGCAAGUCACGAGAAAGGAAGGAGACACCCAGAAAUAAGUGGAACAGGCACCCACAAGGAUGGACCAUCCACAGAGACUGUUUAUAGUUCAGCACCAGUAUCUUCUUGUAGCUUCAAUUAUAAGCUGAGACAGACACGGUUUGAAAACCUUCUAUCCAAAGCCAUUUUAUUAAACCACCACCAUUCUGCCUCUACAAAAACCAAACAAGUGUGUGAUCCUGUGCGCACUUACUGGAACUGUUUAGUCAAAAUAACCUGCCUUCAGUGCUGGAGAAGACCUUGGGACUUUCGCCUGCCUUCUUUUAGCCACACCAGGAAGACUCAGUGUAGCCUUCUUCAAAGCCAUUUAACUCAUGGACAGGACUUCGUUAGACCUCUCAGCUUGUCAGCACAUAUUCCCUGGACUUUAGAAAACAAGCACAAUAAACCACAACUCCCUAGCCUCAGUUUCCACCAAACCAUAGCUACUCAUCAGGCUGCCACGUGCGUGUCGGAUACCUGGAGAGAUUGCUUAUCCCUUGGGAAUGAAAACAGAUGUCGACAGCACUUGGGGCCUAACUUGAAGCUCUACAAGUUGCAGAAGGGGAGAAAAGAAGGAAAUCAGAGAUGGGCAUCCGUCCUGGUCUCCCUCUGCUCUCUUGAUGGGGAGCCUGCAUUUCUCUUCACCCUGCGGUCCAGCACUCUGAAGGGCAGGCACAAAGGAGAUGUCAGCUUUGCUGGAGGAAAGAGCGAUCCUUCAGACAGUGAUGUGGUGGCCACAGCAUUGCGGGAAGCGAGGGAGGAGCUGGGUGUAAAUGUGGGAAUAGAAAAGGUGUGGGGUGUCCUGAAGCCACUAAGAGAUGCGUCGGGGAUGGUUAUUGCUCCUGUGCUGGCUAACCUCGGUCCUCUAGAGGAGCUGAACUUCAAACCAAACCCCGGGGAGGUGGAUGAGAUCUUCACCCUGUCCUUGUCUCACUUGUGUAACCCCCAAAACCGAGGUUACACACACUUCCGCACCGGUGACAAAUACGGAUACACUCUUCCGGUGUUUAGGAAUGGCAAACAUCGAGUGUGGGGCCUGACUGCUGUUGCCCUAGACCAUACCCUGAAACUCAUUGUCCCUCCAUAAUAGCGCACAACAACUGAACUCAACAACUGAAGGAUUAUUCUGACAAAUAUAAGCUUUGCACCAAGUGAAUCUGAGCAAAUCCAAAAUAGUUUAAUACAGCCGCUUUUGUUUUGGAAGAGUGAGGAAGAAGCUCUUUCUGCUAGUGCACUUUCUGAGCCUUAAAUUUGUAUGAUUGUUUAAAAAAGCUUUUCUAAGGAAGAACGUGAACCUGGUGGGUCAACGUUAUAAUUUUACACCGAGUGAUUCUUAUUCAAACUCUUUACGUUUUUAGGCAAGUCUUGAAAUUUUAAUUAUUUCUGUAAUAAAAGUUACCACCUGGGUUGAAAUAAAAUCAGUGAAUUGCUUUCUCAGAUCAAUUAUGUCACAUGACUGAAUUGUUAAAUGUUUGUCAGGGCAGCAAAGUACCGCUGUGACAGCCUGUUUCCUGUGUUAGCUAACAUUAGAUCAACUGAAGUAAUCCGAGUAUUUAGGAGUGAUGUGGUGUGUUGAAGAACAAUGCAAUAAACUUUGUUUUAAACACA